CAGUUAGGUCUCCUGGCAGAUAGCUAGCCCGGGAUAAUAAGACUGAGAGUGGCCUGGCUGAUGAGAGUGAGGAGCUGGGGAGGCAGAGCCUGCGGCUGUUAUGGAAAAACUGAACGGGAGAUUAGGGGCGAGGCCAGCUGGAAAGGGAGCGCUGAGGCCAGUGGGGGUUGAGGCGACUGACAGGAGAAGGAAAGACUCGGCUCAGGCGAGAGCAAGGAUGCAGCGCUAACCUCCUGAAUGUUGGGAAGGAUCAGGUUGUCAUUUGGGAAAGCUGAGGAUCAAUCUAAGGAAAGACGGCUCAAGAAAGUGGUGGACUGACUCAGGCCCCAACUAGGCUGUUGGAUGCAGACAAACAGGGGAUCUGUAAUUGGAGAGAAGCCCAAGGGCUGAAGGAAUUGUCCGCAGAGGCCAAAAGCUAAACUAUUUAUAAAAAUCUCAGGCUGUGGGUGGAACCCAAGGUCAAGCUCCUGUCGAGCACGCUCCCAGCGAGAGGAGAAGCAGCUUGAGGCAUCAUUAGAUGCACUGCUGAGUCAAGUGGCUGAUCUGAAGAACUCACUGGGAAGUUUCAUUUAUAAGCUGGAAAACGAGUAUGACCGGCUAACCUGGGAAGGGUUGGAACAUUCUGAUACUUUCUUACCACCACCAGGCCCUCUGUCCUGGACAGUUUUGCAUUGCUAUCUGGACAGUUGAACACUCUGAACAAGGUUUUGAAGCAUGAGAAGACACCACUGUUCCGUAACCAGGUCAUUAUUCCUCUGGUGUUGUCCCCAGAUAGAGAUGAAGAUCUCAUGCGGCAGACUGAAGGACGAGUACCUGUUUUCAGCCAUGAAGUGGUCCCUGACCAUCUGAGAACCAAGCCUGAUCCUGAGGUUGAAGAGCAGGAGAAACAACUGACAACAGACGCUGCCCGCAUUGGUGCUGAUGCAGCUCAGAAGCAGAUACAGAGCUUGAAUAAAAUGUGCUCAAACCUUCUGGAGAAAAUCAGCAAAGAGGAGCGAGAAUCAGAGAGUGGAGGUCUCCGACCAAACAAGCAGACCUUUAACCCUGCAGACACCAAUGCCUUGGUGGCAGCUGUUGCCUUUGGGAAGGGUCUGUCUAAUUGGAGACCUUCCGGCAGCAGUGGUCCUGGCCAACCAGGCCAGCCAGGAGCUGGGACAAUCCUUGCAGGAACCUCAGGAUUACAGCAAGUACAAAUGUCAGGAGCUCCAAGCCAGCAGCAGCCAAUGCUCAGUGGAGUGCAAAUGGCUCAAGCAGGUCAACCUGGGAAAAUGCCAAGUGGAAUAAAAACCAACAUCAAAUCAGCUUCAAUGCAUCCCUACCAGCGGUGAGUGUGAACAGCAGCCUCCAGUACCAGGUGAUCUUGCACAGUUGUGCAGUCAUAUUACCUUUGCUCAAGGCUCACCUAGAUGGGUGCAAUAAACAGAACAUGGGCUUUCAGCAACAGACAGAGCCCAGCUCCACUGGUGACUAGCUAUAUGACUUUGGGCAACAGACCUAAGUUUUCUGAACCUGUUUUCUCAUUUGUAAAUGGUGAUGAUACCUACCUCAUAGGGUUGUUAUGAGGAUUAAAAUGAGAAAAUGACUGUAAAACAUUUAGCACAGUAUAUGAAGUAAUGGGUGCUCAAUAAAUGGUUGUUUUCAUAGCCACUUCUUCA